CCCCCGCCCCGCCGCCUCCAGUCCGCUCGGCGCUGCGCAGCUUCUGGCCACGUCUCAACCGGAGCAGCGUCACCGAGCACCGCGGCGCACCGGCUCCGCGUCCCGGGAGCACGAAGCAGCACCGAGCCGAAGGUAAGAGAUCCGGCAGAGAAAAAAACCGUGAAAACCACCGGGAAGAGCCGAGGUAAAGCCCCGGCGCUCGGUCGGUGCUCCUCGGCGGGGACCGUUUGUUCUGGAACUACUUUCUGAGGACAAACUCUGCGACGCACUUUGCAUCUAAAGAGUCCAGAAAAGAACCGGAGAACCGGACGGAGCCUGGAACCGGACCGGUACCGUGCUGUGGAUCCUGCUGGAGCGUCCGUUAAACCUCCGUUAACUGGUUAGAACCACCAGAGUUUCUCCGUUUACCGAUCUUCAUCUGCAGUUUUAUUCUCUUUACUCACCACAGAAAAGUAACGGAAUACUUUUACUCGAGUACAUCCUCAGCCGAGGCGACUCUCAGCUCCCCCAGACAUCGACCAGCAGCCGCCACAAUGCCGCGCUGCAGAGUGAACCUCAGCACCAUGAUCUUCCUGGUCAUCCUGCAGGGGGCGGCAGUGGUGCUGUUCUGCGGGUGGUACGUCCAGCUCAGCCCUUGUGGCUCUGCCCCCUCCAAUGGCAAAGUCCACGUCCUGCUGCUGUCGUCGUGGCGAUCGGGCUCAUCCUUCCUGGGCCAGGUGUUCAGCCAGCACCCGUCCGUCUUCUACCUCAUGGAGCCGGCGUGGCACGUCUGGACCCGGCUGCAGAAACCUGGCGCCCAGUCGCUCCGCAUGGCGGUGAGGGAUAUGCUGCGGAGCGUCUUCCAGUGCGACUUCUCAGUGAUGGAGGCCUACCUGCCGGAGCCCUACAACGUCUCCUCCUUGUUCAUGUGGAGCCACAGCCGGGCCCUUUGCUCACCACCGGCCUGUAUGCUGACACCACGGAACCAGUUCAGCAACCAGACUCAGUGCAUGCAGCGCUGCGACGCUCAGGGCCUGCAGCGAGCCGAGGCGGCCUGCAACACCUACAGCCACGUGGUUCUGAAGGAGGUGCGCUUUUUUGAGCUGGAAUCUCUUUACCCACUUCUGCAGGACCCCAACCUGGAUCUCCGCAUCAUCCACCUGGUCCGGGACCCGCGGGCGGUGGUCCGGUCCAGGGAGGAGUCAGCCAAAGCCUUCAUGAGCGACAAUGCCGUGGUGUUGGAGCAGCGCAGCAUCCCGGCCGGCGAGGUGCAGUACCGGGUCAUGCAGGAGAUCUGCCGCAGCCACGUGCGCAUCAAUGAGCGCGCCGUCCUGAAGCCGCCUCCAUUUCUGAAGGGCCGCUACAAGAUGGUGCGCUACGAGGACAUGGCGCGCAACCCGCUGGAGGAGAUCGAUGCCAUGUACGAGUUCGUGGGUCUGGAGAUGACGCAGCAGCUGGAGGAUUGGAUCUACAGGGUGACCCAUGGGAAGGGCAAAGGCAGCAGGAAGGAGGCAUUCAAAAUCACGUCGCGAAACGCCGCCGACGUGUCACAGGCGUGGCGCACGAUGCUGCCACACAGCAAAGUCAAACGCAUCCAGGAAGUGUGCAAAGGCGCCAUGUCGCUGCUCGGCUACAGGACGGUCAACAGCGACAAAGAACAGAAGAGACUUGACAUAGAUCUGCUGGUGCCUCGGGAGCCUUAUCAGUUUAGCUGGUUACCGGCCAAAACACAGCACCCCGGCAAAAAAUAGAACAUUAAGACUCUAAAUGGGACUGAAGUGUUUGUUUUGUUUUGACUCCAUCGACUUUACGAUUCUAGAAAGGCCAAUUCAUGCUUUCUGCAUCCUGGUACACUCAGUGGAUUCUAUUCAUAACACAACAGAUUUUUAUCAGUUGUUUGCAUUUCCUGUCAUGCAGUAACACAGAGAAACACUUCUGAAUGGCUGUAAUUUUGCAUUUAACCAAGAUGCAACAGCCGGUCACAGAUUUCCCUACAGCACCAUUUAAGCAGCGGGCCGACGUAGGACGAGAUAUCUGGAGAAUUUAGAACUUUUCAUUGUGUCUGGCAUCGACUUUUUCAAUUCUGUUUAAGAUUAAUUAUAAAGCUGUGAGUGAUGCCUCCAUGAUAUUUUAAAGUUAUUAUUUUUUGGCUUUAUUGGACAGGUUAGUAGAGAGGCAGACAGGAAAGUAAGAAGAAGACCUGCAGCAAAGGGCCAUGAGAGGGAAUCGAACCCAAGCCCUUGCGUCGGGGACUAUAGCCCCUGUUCAUGGGUCAUGGGUCUGGGUGCCCACCUGUCCUGAUAUUUGGGCUUCACUUGUUUCCCUGGUCACAUAUUUUGGCCUUCAAGCGGCUACAGAAAGUAUGAAUCAGCCUCGAGACUCUACCGGUACUACAGAACGAUUCAUUGUACGAAUGGCGGGAACACCAGCUGGAUGCAUAUGGUUGAAGUUUGGUGUUGACUAAAAGCCUGUUUGCUGUCAGAUGCAAAUGCCAGGUGGCAGCGCGGUGUUGAUGUGAAAUAGUACGUUUUGCAUUUGCAUGACAUUAUAAACAAGAAAAGCACUCAGAGAGCACAGUCCUUAUCCAAGGCUGCUCAUUCCCCCAUAUGGGAUUUUUAGGAAUGCAGCAUUUGUUUAUUAGUUAUUGAUGAUCCUAAAUCACGGAACGAUAGAAUGCGACCAUUUAAUAUACAGUCAUGGAAAAAAUGAUGAGGCCACCCUUGUUUUCUUCAAUUUCUUGUUCAUUUUAUUGCCUGGUACAACUAAAGGAACAUUUGUUUGGACAAAUAUAAUGAUAACAACAAAAAUAGCUCAUAAGAGUUUAAUUUCAGUGCUGAUAUCAGACAUUUUCCAUGAUUUUCUUGAUAAUAACCAAAAUCUCUUCAGUUCUUCCAUCAAUAUCUAUGGCAUUGUUCUGCCACAAACAGGUUUUAGGAUUCCAUGUUUUCUUUUCUGUCUGUUUUAGUCCCAUGAUCCACACAGGAGUUAGUACUGAUUCAUAACCAUUGUUUCUGAUGACUGCAGCCAUGUCUCUUGGCUGCUCUCCACCAGCUUCUGACAUUGUUCUGCUGUCACAGCAGUCCAUUCCUGUUGCACUAAUUUAAACUAAUCUGCUUGUUUUUGGGUUUGUGGUUCUCCAUUUUGCCCUUGAUUUUCCACAGGUUUUCAGUUGGAUUUAGAUCUGGUGAUUGAGCAGCCAAGGCAUGGUUCCAAUGUUCUGGUUCUCCAUCCAGGGUUAACUGACCUUGUCGUGUGGUAAGGGGCAUUGUCUUGUUGGAAAAUCCAGUCAUUGGAGGCUGAAAGAGUUUUUCAGCUGAUGGAAGAAGACUGUUUUCUGGAGUAUCCCUGUACAUGACCUGGUUCAUUGGCCCUGUUCCAUCCAGACUGAAACUACCCCAGAUGGUCACUGAUCCACCCCCAUGUUCUACUGUAGGGGCAGACAGUCUGGUUUGUAGCUUCUCCAGGCUUCCUCCUAACCAGUAAGUUGGCUGGAGUGGACAUCAACUGAAAAUUGGAUUCAUCACUGAAGAGAACCUUAGUCCAACCAUCAACAGUCCAAUCCUUGUGAUUCCCGGUUCCAUAGGGACAGUUCCUGCAGUGGAAAGUGACUUAUUCCUGUUGUUGUUGGGUUGACUGCUACAGUUUCUGUUUUCUUUUUGUCUUCUCCAAGUUUAACCAGCAAGAGUUUUUCUGGUUCAUCAGAAGUACCUUACUCAGAGUCGUUACUUUUUUCCACCUCAGAAUCAGGUUGUAAAAGUUCCUGCAGUGGAAAACUGCCUUUUCUGAGAGUUUGUAGGCCUGAAUCUUGUAAACUGGUACUAUGAUGUUUUUAAAUCAAUCAGUGUUGAGUAAAGAGAGUUUCAGGGCAACUCAGAAGUAUCUACCUUGGAUUAGGAACUUUUUUCUGCCCUGAAAGAGAUUCUAUAGAAACGAUUCCUGCAGGUUCCUACGGCCCCAAAACAAACAGGAAGUUAGUGCAGUGGAAAAAAGGCAAUUUUUACUGGAUGGAUGGCUACAGUUGCUGUUUUGUUAAAUGUUACAUGUUAUCUUCUAGUUAAACCAGUAAGCAUUCAGCCCUGCCCUUUUAAAGAAGUACCUUUCUCAGAUUUGGUACUUUUUUGUUUUGCAUCAGAAGGAAGUUGGAAAGUUUCCUGCCUUUUCUGAAGGUACAGUGACCUUUAAAAUUAAGCUUGCAGAGCUAAUAGUUGCUAACUGGUGUUGCAGUGUUUUUUUAACCAGCUGUGUUUUUUCAGUUUGACUCAGAAGAAUCUACAAUGAAAUAGGAACUUUUUUCUGCCUUGAAAAAGUUCAAUAGGGACAGUUCAUGCAGUGGAAAAUGACUUAUUCCUGUUGGUGUUGGGUUGACUGCUUCCAUUGCUGUUUUCUUUUUGUCUUCUCCAAGUUUAACCAGCAAACGUCGAGUCUUUCUGGUUCGUCAGAAGUACCUUACUCAGAGUUGGUACUGUUUUCCGCCUCAGAAUCAGGUUGUAAAAGUUCUUGCAGUGGAAAACUGCCUUUUCUGAGAGUUUGUAGUCCUGAAUCUUGUAGAGUUUCAGGGCCAAUUAGGAGUACCUAACAUGGAGGAACUUUUAUCUGCCCUAAAAGAGGUUCUAUAGGGGCAGUUCCCACACGUUCAUGCUACUUUGUGCAGUGAAAAGGACUUUUUGCUGUAUGUUGUAUCAGGAUAUGUUGUGAAUUUUAAUUUACUGAUCGUAUUUUUGAGAGAAGAGCCCCAGAAUUGCUUGUUGCACUGGAACUUCUUGUCUUUUCCCUGGAACAGGAACUUUUUUUCAGCCUUUAAAAAGGUUCUACAGGGAUGAUUUAAACUGCCUGCACUUCCUGCAUUUACGCCUCCAGGAUAAAAUGUUUUAUAGUCGUUAUUAGUCUGCAUGGCCUCACAUGCAAAUAGUUCAUCUGGAAACGUAAUAUGAUAAUUACAUUAGCGGGACAAACACGGAGAACUGUUUUUUAUUGUUUAAAACUGCAGUGCAGCUUCUGAUUUCCUCUGCACACAGUGAGUCUGGGUUUAAACGGCUGCUCUGCAGGUCUGCAGGAUGUUUGGUGGAUCUGCCGCCGUCAGGCACAAAUAAUCUGAACUCCCCUCAUUUGGUGGCUCAUUGUUUCAGCCAGGCGUCCAACCGAGUCUCUGAGACACUCAGGAAGCACUUUUACUUUUACUCUGGUGGUUUAUUUCCACAUGACUUGACAUUCCUGAGUUUAAUAUUAGAAAACUGCUCAUUUAACCAUCACAGAAACAUCAUUAGUCACUUAAACACUCGGUUUAAGCUGCAGUCGGACACAUAGAUUACCUUUAACAUCUUUAUCUGUACUUAAUGUUUUCAUUUUACAGUGAAUUUACUAAAUUAUCAUUAAUAAAACUUUAAUUUUACAUUUAGUUCCUACACUUACUGUCAACAAGUGAAUUCAAUUCAGAUUUUGGACUUUGUGGUCCAAAUUCAAGUUGAGAAAAUAAAAUUGUAAUUAUAACAUUCAAAUUUAAAAUGCUCUUACAUUUGUUGAAGCUAAGAAAUUAAAAUUCAAAUGACCAAAUUCCAGUUAUUAAUUUAUUUGACCUCAGAUUCAGUUCAAGCUGUUAUUAUAAUUACUCAAAUUGAGAAAUUCAAACUACAAAAUUCAAAAUUAAACUUUAACUCAAAUAUUCAAGUUGAAAAUUUCAAAUGAUGAGAUUCAGAAUCAAAAUUUUCUUAUAUUUAUUAAAGCUGAUAAAUUUAAGUUCAAAGGACAAGAUAAAAAAUUUUUACAUUCAAGAUUCAAAGUUUCAAAACCUUUAUUUAUCACAAACACAAUUAUACAUAGUAUAAUGUGCAGUGAAAUGUAUUGUGCACCUGUUCCAGAUAGAUAGCUAUAUAAAAUAAUAAUGAUAACAAUAGUUCAACCUGAAAAGUUCAAAUUCAGGUUAUGUGAUUCAAAUUUAAAUAUUUAUUACAAUUUUUCAAGUUGAGAAAUUAAAAUUCAUACUAUGAGAUUCAAAUUCAAAAUUGUCUCACAUUUAUUCAAGCUACCAAACCAAAAUUAUUACCAAAAUUAGCAAAUUCUCAUUUUUAUUCAGGGUCAGAAAUCAAAAAUUGAAAUAACAAGAUUCAGAUUUAAUAAUUUUUUGCAAUAAUUCAUUUUGAGAAAUGACAAAAUUAAUGUUCAACUUUUUAUUGAAUUUACCCAGGUUGAGAAAUUCAAAUUAUAGUUUGAUUCAAAUUCAAAAUUUAUUGCAGUUUUGCAAGUUGAGAAAUUUUAAAAUACAAAAUCCAAAUUCAGUGUUUUAUUACAAUUAUGGAAGUUGUUAGCAUUGUUAGCUAAAGUUAGCAUAGAGACACAAACACUUUUAUGAAUUUUGUGGCGUAUUUUUGCCACAAACCGUUUUUCUGGUGAAGAUUUUGGAAAGAAAAGUCACAAAUAAAUGUAUUUUUACAGAUUAGAGGUCUUUUUGAAACUUUAUAAAAUCCACUAACAGCCCCUUUAGGCUUUUAAUGUCACAUAUCUGUAGCUUUUUUGUGCUGCUGCUGACUUUAAAACCUGCGUUUCUUUGUUUAGUUUAAUGAGCGGCUCUAACCUCCAGACAGCAGGGGGCGCUGCAGGGAAACAGCAUCUCCUUUAUCCUCCAGGUCUGUUUGGUCAGAGCUGGAUCAUUUUCCUCCUUCUGCAGGUAACAAAUCAACCCUUUAACUCACAUUUAAUGAUUAUUUUCUGCUGCAGGAGAAUCUUUAUCCAUCUAAGUGCCUCAAAUUCUAACUUAUUGCUGCGAUUUUAAUGCUUAAAGUUAAUUUCUUUUGCUCUUUCUGAUGUGAAAGUGGAUUUUUUUCACCUGGUUGAGUGUAAACGUGCUUCCUGGAGCUCUCAGUGUCUUUAUUUAUGUUUGUUUUCAGGAUUUUUGCAGUUUUUGGUGUGUUUUAAUGGAUUCUGCUGAUAAACUAAAUGUGUUUUGUGUAGUUUGAUGGAAACAUUUAGUGAGUAGUUGAAUCAUGUUGAUUUAAUUAAAGAGUUAAAUUAACUACUGA